CACAAUUACUUGUAACAUCAAUUUGUGAAAGGAUGCUGGUUCGCUUUUAGGUCGGGCCUACGUUCGCGUGCGCGCGCUCGAUCUCGGCUCUUGUCAUUGGCUCAGCGCUGUGCUGUUGUCCAUGCGCCACACUGGGCGAGUCUCUCGGCUAUCUCCGUUACACUAUUUUAUCCUCAAAAAAGGAGAGCGAAAGAAAGCAGUCGAAGAGAGUAGGGCUCGGGCGGAUGGACCGCCAUUAUUGGGAGGCUUGGAAAACCACUUUCACCCUUACGCACAGUGUAUAUAUAUAUCUUAACGUUUAGUGUUAAACUUGGCCCAGAUUGCUUGUGAUUUGGCUACGAAACUAGAUGCUGUGUCUCUAGGCUAGGCUUUGCUGCGUGCUGUCUGCGUACGGCGGUGAAAUCGGCAUUUUAUGGCUACAACAAAGGGCAUUAUAAUUUACUAAAACCAACGUGUUUAGGCCGGAGGGAGAUAUUAUAACAAGCCAUUUUCUCCGCGGAAACUACUGGCCUCCAUGAAAGGACAUUUCUUUGUUUGGAUAUGUUAAGCCAUCUGUGGAUUUUGAGAGCCGUUUUUUGAAUGCAAAGCUAUACUGGUCGCUGACCAAAUAUCUCUUGGAAACUGCAAGUCUGUCACGCCACUGAAGCAAUGAUAUAGCCCGCAAGGACUUUAAUGAGCUCGGCCUUUUCUUUCUUUCUGGUUUCUAACAACAUUGUCCGAGCUGGUUGUAAGCCUCCUCCCGCUGGCCUGGACGAGGAAAGUGGCUUUCAGAAGAGAAGGAGAGGACAGAGAAAGGCACUGGUUCACCCCAAUUUUUGCCUCUGUCACCUUUACUCAAGUCCCCAGCCUAACUAUCUCUGAAACCCCCUUAAAUGGUCAGUUUUCUUGACCUAAAAGGGUGACUGAAACAUCAAAGCUAAUUACUAAAUUGUAAAUCACACACGGCCCUGACUGUGCCAACCUUUGGCCCAUGGCAAGAUGAAUGCCUGCAUACGAUGAUUAUGGCUAAAAAACAAGAAUCCCGAAUGCCUAUCUACAACCUUGCUGUUGUUGGUCUGUCAGGCACUGAGAAGGAAAAAGGCCAAUGUGGAGUUGGCAAAUCCUGUCUUUGUAACCGCUUUGUCCGUCCUAGUGCAGACGACUUUCAUCUUGAUCACACUUCUGUUUUAAGUACCAGUGACUUUGGUGGCCGUGUUGUCAACAAUGACCAUUUCCUAUUCUGGGGAGAGGUGGGGCGUGUUUUGGAGGAUUGUGCAGAGUGCAGGAUGCAUGUGGUUGAGCAGACAGAAUUCAUUGAUGACCAGACAUUUCAACCCCAUCGUAGCACAGCCUUGCAGCCUUACAUAAAAAGAGCUGCCUCCACCAAACUGGCUUCUGCUGAAAAACUCAUGUACUUCUGCACUGAUCAGUUAGGGCUGGAGCAGGACUUUGAACAGAAACAAAUGCCCGAAGGAAAGUUGCAGGUAGACGGCUUUAUGCUUUGUAUGGAUGUCAGUCGUGGUAUGAACCGCAACUUUGAUGAUCAAAUGAAAUUUGUUACCAACUUGUACAAUCACUUAAGCAAGACAAAAAAGCCUAUUGUGCUGGUUCUCACUAAGUGUGACGAAGGGGUGGAGCGAUACAUCAAGGAUUCUCAUACUUUUGCCAUUACAAAAAAGAACUUGCAGGUUGUUGAGACGUCAGCACGGUCCAAUGUCAAUGUUGACUUGGCUUUCCUUACCUUGCUACAGCUCAUUGACAAGGGAAGAGGUAAGCCCAAGAUCAUACCUUACUUUGAGGCAUUAAAAUGUCAGAGUCAACUAAUUGCCUCUGCAAAGGACCGCUAUGAGUGGUUGGUGAACCACAUUGUGAAGAAUCACAAUGAAACUUGGCCUAACAUCAGCCGAAGAAUGCAAACCUUACCUGAAUACAAGGAGUAUGUAUUUUUAGAAGGUACUAGUAAAGCUAAGAAAUUAUUUCAACAACAUAUUCACCGGCUAAAGCAGGAGCACAUUGAAAGGCGUCGCAAAGGAUAUUUGAGCACUCUUCCACUCGCCUUGAAUACUUUGGUGUCUGAGUUGGAUGAAAUUGAGCAUUUGAGCUGGUCUGGGGUGCAGAAGGUCAUUGAGUCCAAGAAAGAUUUUGAUCAUUGGUUUGUGGUACUGGAGGAUGCCCCAUGGGAGUUGACACCACAUCUUGACAACAUGGAGGAUGAGCGGAUCCCUUUUGAUGUGCUAGACACAACGGCUGCUGAAAUAAUCUUUGAUGCACACCUUGAACUCCUGCGCAAUGAAUGCAAGCGUGCUCAAAUGCGGCAUGAGUUUAAAGCAAAAUUGGCAUCUUCACCUUUCGUUACCCCUGGCAAGCCCUGGGAAGAGGCCCGCAGCUUCAUCAUGAAUGAAGACUUCUACCUGUGGCUUCAGGAGCCUGAAUAUUUGGACAUUUAUAACCGGCACCAGAAAGCAAUCAUAGACAGGGCAAAAGAGGAUUUUCAGGAGCUUCUGCUGGAGUACUCUGAGCUUUUUUAUGAACUUGAGGUAGAUGCCAAGCCAAGUAAAGAGAAGAUGGGAGCAAUUCAGGAAGUGUUAGGUGAAGAACAGCGCUUCAAGGCACUGCAGAAAUUGCAAGCUGAAAGGGAUGCUUUAGUGUUGAAACACAUCCAUUUUGUGUAUCACCCUACUAAGGAAACUUGCCCUAACUGUCCACACUGUGUUGACAGCAAAAUUGAGCAAAUGCUAGCUUCAUGCUUUCCCACACGAUACCCCUUCUUUGGAAAGUCCCAUGUGACUGAUGGAAAGGUAGAUAGGAAAAAUCUUGUUAUACUUGGCAAAGAUGGUCUUGCUAGAGAAUUAGCCAAUGAGAUUCGGGCAUUGUGUACCAAUGAUGAUCAUUAUGUGCUUGAAGGUAGAAUGUAUGAACUUGUUCUUCGGCCCAUAGAAGGCAAUGUUAAACUUCCUGUUAACUCAUUUCAUACAGCCACAUUCAUUCCCCAUGGAUGCCUGUGUUUGUACAAUUCAAAAGAGUCAUUGUCAUAUAUUGUAGAAAGUAUUGAGAAGUUGCGAGAGUCCACACUUGGCAGAAGAGACAACCAUAUGACUCAGCUUCCUCUGUCACUCUUGUUAGUAACCAAAAGAGGUGUUGGUGGACUGGGUGACAUUGGUGGAGAGACUGCCCAAGCAUUAAUCUCACAGGGUCAGCAGGUAGCUGUAAAACUGCAAUGUAACUAUCUGGAACCUGCCAAUCCAGGCAUUGGCUAUGGUCGAAAUGUGAAUGAAAGGCAGAUUAAUCAGGUCUUGAAAAGUCUACUUGAAAUUAGGAGGACUUCUACAUUCCGUAGCUGUUCCCCACCUGCACCGCCGCUCCCUCCUUGUAUUCGAGACAUACAGCAGGACCAAAGCCCAGAGGCUGAAUUACGUAUUGUCAUGUGCCUAAUGUGUGGUGACUCUUAUGACAUUGAUCAACUUCUUGCACCAUUCCUGCUCCCGCAACAUUGCAAGCCGACCUCUCCCCAUGCAAGUGGUACUUCAGUGCUGUUAGAACAGACAAUUGGUGGCCACAAGCAUACAAUUGAACUAUCCCUGCUGUCAUACCAUGCUUCUUUUGCCACACGUAAAAGUCGGCUGGUGCAUGGCUACAUUGCUGUAUACUCUGCCUGUCGCAAGGCUUCUUUUGAAACCCUGUGUGCCUUUUUGUGCGAGGUUCAGGACAUUAUCCCAAUUCAGCUGCUUGCAGUGGGGGAAACACAGGCUGAGCUUAUAGACUCUGAGUCUGCUCGUGAGUUUUUAGUCCAAGGUGAAGAACUGGCCCAUGAACUUGAGGGACGGUAUUGCAGUCUUGUCUGUGGCCCCGAUGGAGUUGGUGGAGGGCUACAAAAAAUGGACCUCUUGGAAUCAUUUUUCAAAGAGGUAUUAGAAAAGAAAACCAUUGUUGAGGCCAGCCAUAUGUAUGAAAAUGUUGCAGAAGCCAGUAGCACAAAUGAGAAUGUAUAUUCACCACACUGUGGCUCCCCAAGCCCUGUCACAAUGCUGUUAGAUUCUGAGGAAGACAUGGAAGCUUCCCCGCCUUACCAUGAUGGCACACUAACCUCUCAUGGAGGAUUCAAACUGCCUGACUUGGACUCAGUUGACACAUUCUCUGUGAUCUCUGACCUUAGCACCUUUGAGAACAAGCUAAACAAUAAAGUCCCUCCACAAGUGAGACCCAAACCUAGUGUCACAUUUGACCUCAGAAAACCAAAUUUCAACCCUUAUGUGGAUGCUGUCAGCCAUCGGCGGUCUCUUACUUCCAAUGUGACAUGGCCUCUAGGAGGAGAUUAUGAUCCUUCAGACUAUGCUGAGCCAAUGGAUGCUGUCUCUAAGCCACGCCCCAGCUAUGAGGACUGCAUAUAUUCUGUACCACAUGACAGCACACAGGGCAAAAUUAUUACCAUCCGCAAUUCCAAUAGGAUGCACUCUAAUGGAGGAGGCAAUGGAUCAGACAGUGAAGGGGAUGGCAGCUCCUUGGAGAGACGUCGCAAGUUCUCAGCAGCGAGGGUGAAGCCACAACUCUAUCGUGAUCGUUCCAAACGACUGGGGAAGUUUAGUACUUUCCGCACUAGUUUUUCUAUUGGUAGCGAUGAUGAGAUUGGCACAAUUUCAAGGUCAAAAGAAGAUGAUGUUUCAGGACUGAAGGGAGACUUACUCAAUGAAGAAGGUGAAGAUCCCAAAAAGAGGAACAUACUGAAAAGUCUUCGCCGACCAGGCAAAAAAACAAGACCAAAGCCUCGACAUUCUGUCUCUAAGCCUUUAGAGAGUAGCUACUUUGGGGUGCCUUUGGUUAACGUGGUUUCCCCUGAACGGCCUAUUCCACUUUUCAUUGACAAGUGCAUCCGUUAUAUUGAGGCCACAGGUUUGACCACAGAGGGUAUCUACAGGGUAAGUGGGAAUAAGGCGGAGAUAGAGAGCGUGCAGAGACAGUUUGAACAGGACCACAAUCUGGACCUAGUGGAGAAGGACCUAGUGGUGAACACAAUUGCUGGGGCAUUGAAAAGUUUCUUUUCUGAGCUGCCUGAACCUCUGAUUCCUUAUAGCUCACAGGUGGAGCUAGUGGAAGCUUUCAAAAUUAAUGACCGAGAACAGAGGCUGCACACUAUGAAGGACGUGCUAAGGCGGUUUCCCAGAGAGAAUUUUGAUGUUUUCAAACAUGUAAUGAGCCAUCUAAACAAGGUUAGUCAGUGGAACAGAGUCAACUUAAUGACCAGUGAAAAUUUAUCCAUUUGUUUCUGGCCAACACUGAUGCGGCCAGACUUCACCUCUAUGGAUGCCCUGACAGCCACGCGCACCUACCAGACAAUCAUUGAGAUAUUCAUCCAUCAGUGUGCUUUCUUCUUUUACAACCAACCUCCGGCAGAGUCACCCACUGGCUUCUUUGCACUCCCUGGACCAUUGGUGCCCUCUGGAUUGCCCCCAUCCCCCACAGCUGCCCCUUCUUAUUGUCCCUCGACCCCACAUUUUACCCCCCUUUUGCAGUCCCCCCCACAUUCUCCCCCUCAGAGCACACACACAGCCUCUGCAGAACCACAAACACUGUGAGUUGGGGGAAAUGCAGCCCAUGAUUAUUUAGCGAACUGUACACACACACACACACACACCCUUCAAUGCAUGCUUGCACAUAUACAUGCCCUGCACACACACACACAUGUAGCUUGUUUAGGUCAGUGUUGAAUGUGAAAAAAGUGUGCUGAUCUCUCAGUCCUUGUAUUUGGGAACGAGUUCAUCAUGUACAGUUACUUACACGUCAAUCAAUCCAAUCAUACACCAGAUGAAGGUCAGUGUGCUUUAGAGCUCUUGAAAAUUCUUUAAAAGACAGCAGAGUCUCCAGUUUGUGAUUGUGAUUACCAUGUCAGCAUUGCUCUCUAUGUAGUUUAUUACAGAAGAGGGAUGUUCUUAUUUUCCCAAGAGUGAAAUAUGGAUGUUUUAAUAAAAAAAGAUGUGAGCAGAUUUGAAAGACUUGAACAUUUUCCAGCUUGCUCUUUCUCUCCCACUACAUACUAGCAAAUCUAUGUUUUUUUUUUUCUUAAUUCAGAGUGUAUCUGAUCUCUGUCUUUUAUCUGUCCCUUUUUCUAUUCUGCCUCUUUCUGUUUUUCUAUCUGCCUGCCUUUCUAUGUGAAACUGUGGUAUAUGGGACACUAAAGUCAUGGAAAAAAGCACUUAUUCAUUGUCCAACCUUCCACCUUAAAAGCAUUUUGGGAGAAUAAUAGAACCCCCCUCCCCAUUUAUCAAAAGAUAAAUGCCAUGGAUUUUGGAGGAUGAUUUCUUCCCUUGUCAGACUUGACAUUCGGACACAUGAUGGGCCAGAAGGUGAUGCUGAUGAGGAUUUACUUUGCUAAGUGGCUCCUAUGAAUCUUUGAGCCUUCAAGCCUUUUAUUGAACAUUGGGAUUUAAAUGGUAGUGAUAUCAAGUGGUUUUAGGGAAUGCAUUUCCAGUUAGCGCUGCCGAGGGUCUCAAGAACACUGAGGCUAAAGAUUUACUCUGAACCUAAACACAAACCCUCUCCCCUUAAUUUUGGACUCAAGUUAAAAUAUUAUCAUGUUGAAGGCUUUUCAUUAAUGCCUAAUCUGACUGUUUUAAGAACUCUUAUUGUUUUUACUUAAUAGACUGAAGCACUUUUUUGCCUUUUUUUUUAAUAGACCUAUAUUGUGAACUGAAACACUGAAGACAAGUUGGGUUGUUGCAACCAUGUUAGAAGGAUCAAUAUACUUUUCAAAGUGAAAGUGGAGUAGUCAGAAACCAAUUAAUCCUAUUCCUGGACUGAAUUUCCUAUUCCUGGACUGAAUUUCCUUUUUAUGAUUCUCCAUCCUUAUCCGCUAUGAGUAUUUUUUUGGACCUAUCACACAGCCUGAAUUUUGGCUAACAUGGACCUUAAAGUCAUAUCACAAUUUUUCAUUGUCAUAUUCAUAUAAAUGAAUUAGAAUGACAAAUUUAGCCUUUUUUGCUUUUACCAUUUCAUGUUCUGUCAAAACUCUGGACAAAUCCAUGAUGUUGAAAGAUACAAUGGUUCAUUGUGUGUAGAUUAAAUGUGUAUUACCUAAUUACCUUAAUUUUGUCUCUUAAAACAUGGAUCUUCUGAAGUGAAGGAAAUUAUUCCUAAAUGUGUUUUAUUUGCAAAUUCCACUUCCUAUUUCUAUCCAGCCAAGGUAGAAAAGCUGAAGUACCAAAGUAGUGCAAUGUGACUGACGAAGGUUCAACACCAGUUGUAAAUAUUUUAAUGACGGGUUGGGGAUGAGUAUGUCAGAUUUAAUUCAAAUACUUGAUAAAUAACCCAUAUGGCAAAUCCUUGAUUUAAAUUUUUUUUUGUUAAGUAACUUCUUUCUGUGUAUCUGCUGCUUUUCUACCAGGCUGAACAAAUCUGAAAUCAUCCCAGCUUUACUUGAAAUGUACAAUGUUUCUUUCAUAUUGAGAUUUCCAGAAAAGUGCUUGAAAGCUCUAGAAUUACUGUAGUGACUAGUCUAGAUGUUGAUACAGACAUUUGUAUGUGUUAUACUUGUAAGAAUGCAAUUUCUCUUCAAAAUAAUGAUGUGAUUCAUCAAGAAAAGUAUGGGUAAUUGUAAUGGUUAUCACAAUGUCUAAAGAUUUGAAACCCUUCAAGAGUGCCAUAAAAUGUUCUCCUAAGUAGAAGUGUUAAUGUAGAAGUAGAUGUUCUUUGCAUAAUUCCCACCAGAAAAUGUGAAAAUUCGAAAAUAAUUUCCUGUCCUUUGUUGCUUUUUGUUGAAGUGAGAAAAUACAGGCAACACUUGAUUGGUUGUGGACAUGCAGCAUUGGGAGUAAUAUAUAUAUAUAUAUAUAUAUAUAUAUAUAUAUAUAUAUAUAUUAUACAAAGUUCUUCAUUUUGCGCUUCACAACACCUGACCUGCUGAGUUUACCUAUAUGUUUGCACCCUGAAAUUGUGUAAAUGAACUGUAGGAACUAAUAAGUGAGCCCAAGGCAUAAUCCUGGGGUAGAUGUGACAGUUAUGGGAAUUCUGAUCUGCCACUGUAUUAAUUGAUAAUUAUCAAUAUAAAAACGUAUGAAACAAUUUCUCGCACUUUUAAAUGUGUCAUUUACCAUACCUUUAUCAGAAUGACUUAAAUAUGUGUAUUUUGCCUUUGUGACCGAGGAAGCAUUUAAAGCCUGUUGAGACCAUUUAAAAAAAAUGUAUUGCCUAUGUUUUGAGUUUAAGCUUGCAAAAAUGAAUAUCAUCCUAAUCAGAAGUAAGUCUGACAAAGUUCAGCUGUAUUGCUCUUGUGUCUGAGGAAAGCCUAGAUUAGACACAAGGGCAAGACCAUUCUAAUUAUUUCACACUUUUAGCUCUAUGAGAAUGAAUGUUAUACCUCUUGUGGCCAUAACUUGAUCAGCAGUUAUGAGGUUGUGUUUAAAGUGAUAGUUCACCUAAACAUUAAAAUUCUCUCAUCAUGUGUUCACACUCAUGCCAUUCCAGAUGUGUAUGACUUUCCUCCUUCUGCUGAACACUCUGUAGGUCUAUAUAAUGCAAGUGAAUGGUGACCAGAACUCCAAAAGCUACAACUAUCGCAAAAAAGCGAUAAUGUCAUAAAAGUAAUCCAUAAGACUAGUGGUUUAAUCAAUGUCUCUGAAGCGAUCCAGUUGGUUCUGGGUGAGAACAGACCAAAAUGUAACUCCUUUUUCACUGUACUAGGAAAAAAACUGUUUGCACAGCUACUUGAUUGGUUAAUGAGGGCUGGUCUGUGGGAGAAGGAUCUGUAAUCCAGAUUCCAUUCUUUACCACUUGCUCUCAUCUCCGUAAACGCACAACUACCACCCUGUUACACCCUUUUCCUGGUACCUUUUGUUUAUAUUUAUUUUUAUUGCAAUGCUUUCUACUGUGAACACACAGUAGUGUCAUAAAGACACUACUAUGUCAUAAAGAGAUGGCUUUAGUUUCUGUUAAAUGUCAGAGAUAUUUAGUACAGUAUGAAAAAUGCUGUUAUUUGUAAGUUAUAUUCACCCUUUGCUAUAUUGAAAGCACUACAACUACACAUUAUAUAAUGUUUUACCUUGUGAACUUAUUUGUUUUUUGAAAAUGUAAAGUAAUUUCAAAUCAGAUGAUUGCAACAUGCUCCAAAAAAAGAUUGGACAGGCGAGUGUUUACCACUGUGAAAUACCAGCAUUUGUUCUAAUAACACUUAUUAAGCAUUUGUUCACUGAAGACACAAGUUUUUUUUAAUUUAGAAAGUGAAAUUUUCCCCCAAUCAUCCAUUAUGUAGGUCUUUAGCUGCACAAUUGUACGGGGUCUUCAUUGCUGUAUGGUGUGCUUCAUAAUAUGCCACACAUUCUCAAUUGGAGACAGGUCAGGACUGCAGGCAGGCCAAACUAGCACCCAUACUCUCUGCUUACACAGCCAUGCACUUGAAAUCCGGGCAGUAUGUGGUUUAAAAUGCAGGGACUUCCCUAAAUUUUUUACAUAUCGGUCUGCAUUCAUGGUGUUCACACAGAUGUGUGAGUUACCCAUGCCAUGUGCACUGACACAACAUUGAAUAGUAAAGUCUUAACUUGCAUUUGUGGAUGGAGUGGCGAAUGGUGUUGACUAAAAAAAGGUUUACUAAAGUUUAUCCAAGCCCAUGUUCAUCCAUUAUAGAUGCAUGUCAUUUUUUCAGAUGGUGACGUCAGAGGGAUCAGAGAUCACGCACAUUCAGAAGUGGUUUCCGUCUUGCCCUUUAUCUUUUUAAUCUUUUAACUAUUGUGCACUGUAGAGGGUGAAAUGCACCAAACCUUCCGAUUUGUCUUUAAGGAACAUUGUUCUGAAAUUGCUGGAUUAUUUUCUGAAGCAUCUGUUGACAAAUUGACUAGUCUCGAAUGAUCCUUGCUCUUGAAGGACUAGGCUGUUUUUGGAGGCUCCUUAUAUACUAUGACACGAUUGCCUCACCUGUUUAACAUAUCCUGUUUCACAUCGCCUUGUUAUUUAAACUCGUCAAAUUGUUAUUAGUCUUAAAUUGCCCGUCUCAACGUUUUUGGAUCAAUCAUCUGAUUUGAAAUGACUUU